GCGUUCCCCCAUCAUGACGCGGAAUCAAAGACGCCUUUGGGGAGAGACAGGAGUCGGGUUUGCAUGAGGAGCAACUUGGUGGACCAGGUCCCCGUCAAGAAGAUGAGUCUGACGUUCUGAACUCCUGCCAAAGCCCAUCCCGCCUUCACACAUUGUUGGAGGCGUCAAGCCGAGCUGAGGCUGCUGGGUGCACCUCCUUCUCCCACCUCCCUCCCAGGAGCUGGAUGCGCGCCAGGAUGGGAUCGGCUUCCUCAUCCCGUCAGGAAGGACUUGGAUCGACACCCAAAUAUGGAGAGACCGAACACCAAGACAUGCUCAGGUGGAGCAGGAGACGAGCCAAAGAGGAGUGCACCCUCUAUGAAGAAACUAUAUGACUGUGGUCUGGGCGCGCAGGGGCUGGUGGGUCGAGCCCCGCAGCCGUCUUUGCGCAGCAGAGGUCUGGUCUUGCUUACAGCGCUGUUCCUGGCAACAGCGUCAUCAGAAGUGUGCGUGAGGCCGGAGGCGGGAGCGCAGAGGGAAAAACCAAUCAGCUCGGCGCGCGGCGCGCUAUAAAGGCGGCGCAGCCGGCCGGCCGCCUGUCAUAAGGAAACUGAGGCGAAAACUUUCAGCAGAAGCGUCUCCUUUGCCCGCAGUGGAAUGAAAACUCCCGAAUUUAUCAGUGGAUCCCGCUUUGAAUCCAACUAAAGGUACAAAUCGACGACGUGGUACAGUACAGUUCCAGUGUUUGGGGAAGUUUUGCUGUUUCUGGUAGCUUUUGCUCGUAAUUCCGCGGGACUUUGGACAGUGACUCCUUGGGGACACUGACGCCGCAGCGCACUCUGUGUUUGACUGUCUGAUUUGAAAUAUGUCCACAAUUAUGGAACAACCUUUUUAUGACGACUCGUUUCUCUCUGCUUAUGGCCAUCCAGGCGCAGCGCUGCCAGACUACAAGCUGCUUAAGCAGAAUAUGAACUUGAACUUCACCGAUUCAUAUCGGAACUCCAACUUCAAGCCCCAGCUCCUGCGCGCCGACACCGAUUUCUAUCCGGCGGGGACGGCGGACGUGAGCUCGCUGAAGCUCGCCUCUCCGGAACUCGAGCGGCUGAUCAUCCAGAACAGCAACGGGAUCAUCACGACCACCCCCACGCCCGCGCCGUACCUGUACAACCGCGGCAUCACCGAGGAGCAGGAGGGCUUCGCGGAGGGCUUCGUCAAAGCUCUGGACGACCUGCACAAGAUGAACCAGAUGGCUCCGCCAAACGUCUCCAUCGGUUCCGGCGGGGUGGGCUGCCCGGCUCCGUCCUCCGUGUUCGGCGGGUCCAUGCAGCCCGAAGCUCUGGAGUACACCAACCUGAGCAGCUGCACCACGAACAGCGGCCUGGGCGCCGCGGCCAGCUACCCCCCCACCACCAUCAGCUACCUGCAGCACCACCACCACCACCACCACCAGUUCCACCAGCACCCCCAGGCCGUUGCGCACGGCUCCCACCACUUCCAGCACUCCCUGUCUGGGGCCCCCGUGCACUCGCAGCGCUACGGGGGCCUGAAGGAGGAGCCCCAGACGGUCCCCGACAUGCAAAGCAGCGACAACGGCUCCCCCCCCAUGUCUCCCAUCGACAUGGAGAACCAGGAGCGGAUCAAGGCGGAGCGCAAGCGGCUGAGGAACCGGCUCGCCGCGUCCAAGUGCCGCAGGCGCAAACUGGAGCGCAUCGCGCGCCUGGAGGACAAAGUCAAGGUGCUGAAAACGGACAACGCGGGCCUGUCGAGCACGGCCUCCCUGCUGCGGGAGCAGGUGGCGCAGCUCAAACAGAAAGUCAUGACGCACGUCAGCAGCGGCUGCCAGCUCCUGUUAGCGCCCAAAGUCAAGUCCUACUGAAGAAACGCUGCACUUUUUUUGGUUUUUGUUUUGUUUUGAAACACUGGACAUGAACUGCACUGAAGGGACGCGCAGUCUGCACGCACGCAGUGCACGCGCGGCGUGAACUGAGCCUCCGUGGUUUCUUCUGCGUCAGGAGAAGACUGAGAAACCUCAACCAGAAAACACUUAAGGCAUUUCGGAACACAAGUGUCGUCCCGGUUUGACCCGUUUACACUUUCUUUCUUUUCCAUUUGUUGUAAAUUAUUUGUGCUCAUCAGGUUGAACCGGGUGAUCCUCUUAUUUUGUACUUGUAAAGUAUAUAUUUAAGUAAAUGAAGUGAAGAAGUC